AUGGCCGCUCGUCCAAAUCGUGUGAGUGGAUUCGAUCUUCUCUCCGAAACUCAUAAGGUGAAAUUUUCAGAAGAAGAAAGUUGAGAAAGGAAGCGUGGAACAUGAAAGUGGGAAAACCUCAAGAAAAAAAAACAGAAUUUCAUUCAGAAACUCCUCGGAUAGCAUUUUUACCUGACAUCACUCCUUUCCGCACUACGUACGAUAAAAGUUUGAGAAUAUAUAUCGAACUUGAAGAGAAUGGAAUUUUUCAGAAAUAGUAACAACUGUAGCAGCUCCCUAUUUAUUGGUUUUUUUCUGCGCAUUCACUUCCAUCCUCUUCUUAUGUUAUUUAUCGUUCGGGUCACCAAUGGAGUUGUACGUGAAAAAUGUGAGAUAAAAAUAGACGGUCAGGUCGAAAUCUCGUUCAGAUUGUGGAUCACCACAAAAUACCGCCCCUUUUCCUUGAGUACGAAAAAAUCGCCACCAACGAAGAGUGAGUUGCAAGUAAAACAACUAUUUGAUUACUUCGGGUCUUGGUUCCCUAAUGCUCAAAAUAUUGAAUUGGACUUAAACUUCCUUUAUUAAAAAAUAAAAUCCAGGCUAAGAGAAGACGGAUCUUUAGUCGAAACAGUGUACAACUGCUCUGGAUGUGAGUUCGAAUAAAGCAAAAUUGAAUUUUUUUCUUUUCCAUUCUGUAACAGUGGUUUUGGGAAGAUGGUUCUUGACUAAAGCUGAAACGACGUACGUCAAAAACACCAGAGGAUAUUUCCCGGGCAACAUUUGGAAGCGCUGGGCUUAUCGCUGGGUAGUUUUUUUUUUCGAAAAAUUAAUGAUGAAAAGCGCUUUCCAAAUACAAAACUCCACAACAGAAGACGAUGCACAUAAAAAAAAGAUAAAACGCGAAAGUUCGCUUUUUCAGCUAAUGACUGAUUUCUCUUUAAAAAAACUUAUUUAAAGAUUUAUCAACAGACAAAAAAAGCGCAGAAUGUGGAAAUAUAAAAAAAUAGUAAAAAAAUAGACGAAUUGGUUUACUUCGUGACUAAAUUUAUAGUUGGAUCUGAAAACGGAUGCGCUGGAUUGCUCGAAAUGUCCGCCGACCGUCAUCAUUACCACUGGAUAUUCCCCGCCUCAAGGUUGA